AAUUAUGUAAUAAUAUUGUCUUUGGGAGUUUGUAACUGUGUUUGCAUUUUGUAAAGUAGUUUGUUUUUUACAAGUGCAUGUCUAGAUGUCGCUGCAGUUGUGUUGAGAUGCGCCGUUUUGCCGCGCGGCAGUGUCGCGUUAACAUGACGGCCAGCGGUAACAUGUCCAUUGUUGACGCACGUCCGGAGACCAGUCAGGGCAUUGACGUCGAUCAGUUGAUACUGGAGAUUAAAAAGCGACCACUGUUGUACACCAGAGCUCAGACUGAGUACAUACAAAAGGUCGCAAGACAACGAGAGUGGGCAGAGGUCUGCCACGCUCUUUGCAAAAAUUUUCGCCAGUUAAGCGCCAGGAAGAAACGCGAAAAAGUGCGGCAAGUUCAGUCCAAGUGGUUCCGCCUGAAGCAGUCGUUUCUCCGUCAGUCAGGGUACGGGGUCACGAAAACAGUUGGGAGGAUUAGGAAACACAAGCAGAUACAAAAGCUCUCGUUUUUGAUCCCAACGACACCCGUCAUGGAGGUAGAUACAGGAGCAGGAGCCACGGCCGUGCCUGUCGUUAGCAACAACGACGAUGAUUUAGACCUUGUAAUGGACACGCUCAAAGCCGCAGAGAACAACGUCCCAACGGCUUCAACAUCUUCAGAAAACAUCGCGACAUUCGCUAAAGAAAAUGAUAUCAAAAAGAAGACUUUCUUUAUUCCAUUGCCUAAAAUAGAGGAACCGAAGCAUGACCCCAUUGAUGAGAACUUGCAUUUCGCACUGAUGCUGGUGCCUUUGCUCCGUGGGUUGAAUCAGGACCAACGUUUUUAUGCUUGGUCAAACAUCUUGAACGUUAUCCAGAAGGCACGAGAGCUCGGGCCGAAGAAGUUAUCGAUUUUGCAAGAAGAGCUUCGUUACACAGAUGGGGAAGGUCCCAAUUUGCUCCAAGAUCUGGCUUAUGUGCAGCCAGAACCGGAGCGUCCUGUGGACGAGGAGCCAAUGUUCCCAGCUGCGCAUGGAAGACCAACUAAUGAGGCCGGGGAAAUUAUGUACCCCGAAACGGAUACUGAAGACAAUGAGGAGGCUUAAACAAGCCUUAAGAUAUGGAGUACUCUGUAUUCGAACCAAAUUCUUGUAUGUCUUUGUCAAUGUUUAAAUGUACAUUUUCUUUAUGUAUGUCUAUGUAUUUCAGGGUAUAUCCACCAGACUAGAGUUGCAGAUUUUGAGAGAUGGAUAUCACCCUUGUACCAUUGUCCUCGUGUCCCCCAAUCCUCCUACCUUGAUCCCCCUAAUCGUGUAUUCUUGUAAACGUUUACAAUUUAUAAAUAGAUUUAAGACAUCCGAAUUGUUCUACUAUUUUUAUGAUGAUGUUCGUCUGUUAUUUUGUGUAAUUGCUGUAUGUGUGGGUUUUAUUUUUAAGUAAAUUAAAUGUUCGGAUAUUAUUAAGAGUUUAAUUUAGUUUUAAAAUAUAUUUAAGUGUUAUGUUUAACAGUUCUAGUUAAUUUUAUAGUUUUUUAAGGUUACUGGCCUAUUUGUAAUUUCAUUACUUGUCUAUGUGUGUGUACUCACUAUGUAAGCUGUGCGUCUGUGUGUCUCCUUUCGAAAUAAAUGUUGUAGCAGUGUC